AUGCGGUGGGUGCUAUUAUCAGUGUUUGUGCUGCUAUGCAGUACAUUAGUGGCCCAUGCGUUUGAGGACCAGGCUCUCGAAGACGAUGACUUUGCAGAGUUUGAGCAGUUCGAGGCUGAGGAUGAUGAACUGAUUGCUGAUUUCGCUGAGGAUAAGGAGCUUCCUGCUUCAAAGCCAAUAAAGAGUGCAUCUCAGGAGCAGUUUGAAGCCAAUGUCGAGACUGAAGACGAGAUAUUAGUUGAGGAUGAAGACAAUGAGUUUGAGCACUUCCAAGACCCUGAGGAGUUCGAGGGUUUCCAAGACAAUACUCCUCGAAGCUCCGAACAGCCAAAGAUCACUAUUUCUAAGGUUCCUAUAAUGAUCCGUCCUCGGUGGGACGCCUAUUGGUUGGAAGGCAUUCUCUGCUGCCUCCUCGCUGCGUACGCACUGGCCUAUGCGGUAGGACGCGCGAAGAACACGUCAAUUGCUACCAACUUCCUGAAGUUACACAAGCCACUGCUUGAUGAUAACUUCACUUUAGUUGGUGAGACAGGUUCAGACGUGGUGACAGCAAGUUCAGACCGCGGGUGGCGCCGGGAGGCGGAGCACUGCUUCACCAUGUGGUGCAGUGGUCGACUCUGCUGCGAAGGCAUGCUACUCACACUCAAACUUAUCAAGCGUCAAGACCUGGUCCACGUACUCCUAGGAGUAGUUAGACCGACGCCGGACACUCUACUCGUUCGUGUGGAACUAGGUAAAGACGACAGCGAUCCAUUCGUACUCUGUGUCGCACAGAAAAAGAUCGCCACCCGCCUCGCCAAGGAAAUGCAGGACUUGAGCGUGUUCUGCCCGGAGCGUCGUGCGGGCGACAAGCACGGGCUGCCGGGGUCGCUGUGCGUGCUGUCGGAGGCGGCGGAGGCCACGGCCGCCGUGCUGGACGCGCGCGUCUGUACUGCGCUGCACCACUACCACCACCACGUCCAGUACAUACACAUCUCCGACCGGUACUCCGGGCCCAAGCAGAUGGAGGAAGCAGCAGUAACGAAGCCUCCGGACACGGAGAAGGUGAUGCUGAUCAGCUUUGCUCUGGGACCCGACGGCGGCGGGGACGAGGUCCGCCCGCUACUGCAGCUCGUCUUCCACCUCAUGGACAAGAUCAAGAGGCUCCGGCUUAGCAAGGAGGCGCUGGCGAAGUGUGAGAAGCGUCGCCAGAAGGUGGCGGAGGCCUGGCUGCGGGGCGCGCACGCCGCCCGCCAGGAACAGGCCGCCGCCCGCCGGGAGGAGAAACGCAAGCUGGAGAAGGAACGCAUCCUCGCUGAGGACGACCCAGAGAAGCAGCGUCGCUGGGAGCUAAAAGAGCAGAAACGCCAACAGAAGCGGAAAACGCCGAAAAUGAAACAAUUAAAAGUAAAGGCUCUGUGA